AGCCCUGGGUGAAGUGCACAGAGACUAGGAUCCAGAGAGACACAGAAAGAGGGAGUGCAGGUGGAACAGGAUUAUCACUGGAUACAGGAUUACUCUCAAAUAAUUCAUUCAGGAAAAUGUUGAGGUUAAUACUACUGACCCUUCUGUGUGGAGGGGUCUCUGCAGGAUCUCACUCUCUCCGCUAUUACCACACCUCAAUGACCCCCAUUGCCGAGCUGCCCGAGUUUGUGACGGUCGGUUAUGUGGAUGAGCUGGUGUUGGAUUAUUAUGACAGUGAUCUGAGGAAGGAUGUCCCUCGGCAGCGCUGGAUGGAGCAGAAUGAGGGCCCUGAGUACUGGGAGCGGCAGACACAGAUAUCACAGGGCGCGGAGCAGGUGGGAAAGGCCAACAUUCAGAUCGCCAUGAACCGGACCAACCAGAGAAACGGGAUUCACACCUUCCAGCUGAUGUACGGCUGUGAGAUGGGGGACGGCGGCACCACCGCGGCGGUUUUGCAGUACGGCUGGGACGGGAAGGAUUUCAUCAGCUUCGACAAGGAUCGGAUGGUCUGGACCACCCCGGUCCCGUGGGGAGAGAUCACCAAGGACAAGUGGGAUCGGGACACGGCAUGGAACCAGGAGUUGAAAGGUUACCUGGAGCGAACCUGCAUCGAGUGGCUGGAAAAAUACCUCAAGUAUGGAAAGAGCCAACUGAAAACAGGUGAG